AUGCUGGCUCUGACCCCGAUCCGAGUCCGCGGCCGCAGAAAGAACCCCCCGGCAAAGAAAGUCACUCAUGGUCACGGGCCCAGAGCAGUGCCGAGUGGCCGCAAGGGCGGCCGGCCCUUGAUGACCCGGCACGCGAGAUUGCACUCUUCCCAGUCCAGGAGUAUCAGUCGCGCCCGGUUGUGGGUCGCGAGGGCGCGCAAACCGCGCAAGAGACUGUCGAGGUUGGAGGCCCUACCCGUGGAGUUAAUCGAGAAGAUAUUCCUGUACUCGUUGAAUGUGAAUCUCCCGCGUUCAUCGCUGGCGCUGGCGGCGGCGAUGUCGAGCGAGCGCAUCUACCGGGUGCUGAUCCUGCUUGCUUUCUGGAAUGAUUCCGCCUCCGAGGCUGUAGAGGCGCCGGGCUCGGCUAUCGCUAGGAUUCUGAGACCGCUGGAUUCUUAUGCUCCGGUUCAAGAUGGCGAGCGGGACGGUUUUCAGGCUUCUAUUCUGCGGUGUCGGUGGUGUACGAUCCCGCGCUUGCUCAGUCACAUCCCCGAUAUGAUGAACUUAACGAUCCAAAGGCAUUGGGUGAAUGUUGGGAUUACGAUGACGGGGGACCAACACACGACACUGAACCGGUUCCUGACGCGCGAGGAGGACACGUGCACAUACGAGGGCACCGACGCCGACAGCAAGCACUACACGCUCUCCAUCACCCCGUUCGUGUCAAUCGCAAUCGCCUGCCACGAAACAGACGAACAACAAACCCACCGAAUCCUCAACAUCAGACAGUUUCCGGAGAAGCUCCUCCGCGGUAGCGAUGAAGGCUUCACCGAGGAACACACGCUCUCCCUCGAGAUCCUCCGGCUCGCUUGCGGCUUCAACCGCUCCGACCACCUCGAAACAGAUAUUGCCAUCCCCCGCGAUUCCCUCCAAGACGGCAUCCACCUCGCCCUCGUCGAAAACAACCUCCUCGCCCUCACCGCCCUCCUCAAAAUCGACGAGUACGUCUUCCGCAGCGCCGCAGCCGUCACCGGCUCCCAGCCAUACACCCUCCCCGCCGAGCACUUCCGCACCGCCGUCCGCGUCGCCCGGCACGACCCCGCGCUCUUCCAGCAGCUGCUCCGCGCCAGCGCCGAAUCUGUCCCUGCCGACGACCCGGAGAUCACGGAGUGGGCGAUGCAUCUGGGCGAUGCCUUUGGCCACUGGCUGCUGGAUCUGAUGCUGCGGCUGCCGCAGCAGAUUGAGACCGCGCAUGCGAAUCCGGCGGAAGGGGCGCUAUUCUACCUGGGGCGGGCGAAUGGGCAUAUAGAGAUGGCGAGACGAUAUCUGCGGGAUGUGCUGGGGGUGGAGGAGCUGGGGAGCUGGAUGGAGAGCACGCCGGUUGAUUUGUCGAGUCUGUGGAUGGUUCGAAACGGGGAGGGAUAG